AUGUUCUUUUCCCUCCUCGCGGAGGCAAAGGGCGAGAAAGCCCCCACUCAGAAGGCCACCCCUAAGGUCAAGUUGACGCCUGCGCCAAAGCGCAAGACCGCGAAGGCUACAUCGACUGCGUCACCGGCGUUCAGAGUCGAGAAGCGCGCUCCCGCCAAACACUCCAUCCCUGCUUUCAAUGUACUCACCCUUCGCUCGCCGACUCCUGCGCAGAGUAACUCUCGUUCAGAGGACACUGCACGGUGUAGACCCCUCCCUGUUCCAGCUAUCGUCGCUCGCAAUGCCAACCACUCAGCGGUACCCGUUGAAGACCUCAUUACUAGUUUGCUUGCUCCACACCCCCUGGCGGUAAAACAAGCUGCUGCUCGCAAGGCUCGCGAAGAAGCUGCCCAGCAAGCUGCCGCCCAGCGGACGUAUUUCUCACAGCGGCGUCGCGCCCCAGGUCGUCGGCAGCCUGUCCUCGAACUCCCCAGGACUUUCGUCCCCAAGGUAGACCGGAUGCCAAAGUGCCAGAGCAAGUCCUCAUACGAGAAUAUGAGCCAACGCCAACUUCUAGAUGAGGUGCAGUUCCGUGAGCUCGAGCUGGAUUAUGACUACAAGGGGUAUCUCGUAGACGUGCUAGUCCUCAACGACAAGGCAUACUUCGAGUUGAUAGAUAAGCUUGGUGAUCCUAUCGAGGCCAUGGAGUUCGCACAAGGUGAAGUCAAGCACUUCAACAAGGAGCUGAGGCGAAAGCGGGCGGUAGCGCAAGCAGCCGCGCAGCAAACCGAACGCGAAGCACACAGGAAGAAGAAAGAAGAAGAACGUGCGAAAGCUGAACAGUUGGCUUUCGAGGAGAAGGAAGCUGAGAAGAAGGCUAAAGAGGCGAGGCAGGCUGCUGAGGCCCAACAGCAAGUGCAGAAGCGGAGGCGAAAGGAUAGCCAGAACACCGACUCCGGCUACUCCAGCAAGUCCACAUCGUCUCCUGGAAUAGGCGAGAGCGGCGAUGCGGCUUCAGCCAAAGACAAGAAGCGAUUCCGAUCAAAUGACGAUGACACUGAAGAAAACACGUCUCGCAAUAAGACUAAGUCGUCAAAGUCUUCACAGCCUUCCAAGACGCCUCAUGUGAUCAAGGCCAAGCGCACACGGACAGCUCUUCCGCGGGCGAUGCAGGCUAGCGCUGACAAGGCAUCUUCAAUUAAAGAUGAAAAUGUCGAGAUGAGCGACUCGAAUGACUCAGACGUUCUUGUUCGUACAAGGCCGGUCAAGAAGACGACCAAGAAGACUACGCAAGUCAAUGCACCUACCAUAGUGCCGUCGCAGGCGAGUACGAGGCGAACACGCAGCACUUUCGUUGUGGAAGACCCGGAGGAUGAAGACACAGAGGACGCUGACGAGGAUAUCGAAGACAACAUUGACACCUUCGUCGAGGAUGAUGGGUACGAGCCUAAGCGCAAGUCCAAGAUCGGUGCUAUGACGGGAAGUAAGCUGUUCAAAAGUUUCUGA